CGCCCGUCGUUCCGUUUGUCUGCCUGUCCCUCGGUCGUCGGCCCAGCUGGGGUGUGCAGUGUGCGGGCGGCGCCGGUGUCUGCGGGUCCCCGAUUGCCCCGCCGGGGAGCAUGAUCGUGGAUAAGCUCCUGGACGACGGCCGUGGCGGAGAGGGGCUGCUGGACGCGGCCGGCGACUGCGGCCUCAUGACCAGUCCGCUCAAUCUGGCCUACUUCUACGGCACCUCGCCACCCGCUGCCGCUGCCCCGGGGCUCAGCGACGCCGGCUGCCCCUCGUCCGGACCCUCGGCGCCCGGCUCGCCCGGCUCCGAUUCCUCCGACUUCUCCUCCGCCUCUUCCGUGUCCUCCUGCGGGGCCGUCGAGUCCCGGCCAAGAGGCGGCGCCCGCGCCGAGCGCCCGCCAGUUGAGCCCCAUAUGGGGGUUAGCAGGCAGCAGAGAGGGCCCUUUCAAGGUGUUCGUGUGAAGAACUCAGUGAAGGAACUCUUGCUACACAUCCGAAGUCAUAAACAGAAGGCCUCUGGCCAAGUGGCAGAUGAUUUUAAGACACAAAGUGUGAACAUCGAACAGUUCACAGAAUUGAAGAACACAGUAUCCUAUAGUGGGAAAAGAAAAGGGUCUGAUCUUCUGUCGGAUGGACCAGCUUGUAAAAGGCCAACUCCACUGCACACUCAGUUUUUGACCCCACCUCAAACACCGACCCCUGGGGAGAGCAUGGAAGAUGUUCAUCACAAUGAAUCCAAAUUGGACAGCAGUACCGAUCUUCUUCAGAACAUUAUAAACAUUAAGAAUGAAUGCAAUCCAGUUUCCCUGAACACAGUCCAAGUUAGCUGGAUGAGCCCUGUGGUACCCCAGAGCUCUCCCCGAGAGCCGCAGCAGGACUUCCAUGGAGGGCAGGUCUUCUCUCCACCUCAGAAGUAUCAGCCAUUCCAAGCCUGUGGCUCUCCACAAGUAAUGGAGCAGUCUUCCAUGUACCAGUAUUCUCCACAGAACCAGAAUGUACAGCAGCAGCCGCCACCACAGCCCUACACUCAUAACCCAGCUCUGGAAUACAGUCCUUAUUCCAGAACUUCGCAGUCCCCCAACUAUGAAUCAAACCACUUUGAGGGCCAAGAAGUAUCAUUCUGCUCAAACCAAAGCUUUGUGUCCCUUCUGAAUGGUCUUGAAGACUCUGAGAAUAUGGCCCUUCCCAUUCAGACGUCUCCCACUGCCCAGCAACAAAAUGAUGCUCACCUGCAGAACUUCAGCAUGGUGCUGAACAGUGUCUGUGAGGGCAUCGGGCCUCAUGAGGCAACCUCGACCACAUUAAACACCUCACUGCCAUUCCCGAACAUCAUCGGAAAUCCCAUGACCACAACACAGUUAGGGAAGUCAUUUUUCCAGUGGCAAGUAGAGCAGGAAGAGAACAAAUUAGCCAACAUCUCCCAAGACCACUUUCUGUCAAAGGAUGCGGAUGGUGACACGUUCCUCCAUAUUGCUGUUGCCCAAGGGAGAAGAGCGCUUUCCUAUGUUCUUGCAAGAAAGAUGAAUGCGCUUCGCAUGUUGGAUAUCAAAGAGCACAAUGGGCAGAGUGCUUUGCAGGUGGCAGUGGCUGCCAAUCAGCAUCUCAUUGUGCAGGAUCUAGUGAACCUUGGAGCCCAGGUGAAUACCACGGACUGCUGGGGAAGAACACCUCUGCAUGUCUGUGCUGAGAAGGGCCACUCCCAGGUGCUGCAGGCAAUCCAGAAGGGAGCAGUGAGGAGCAAUCAGUUUGUGGAUCUUGAGGCGACAAAUUAUGAUGGCCUGACUCCUCUUCACUGUGCUGUCAUAGCCCACAAUGCCGUAGUGCAUGAACUCCAGAGAAAUCAACAGCCUCGGUCUCCUGAAGUUCAGGAGCUUUUACUGAAGAAUAAGAGUCUGGUUGACACCAUUAAGUGUCUGAUUCAAAUGGGAGCAUCAGCAGAAGCAAAGGAUCGUAAAAGUGGUCGCACAGCCCUGCACUUGGCAGCUGAAGAAGCAAAUCUGGAACUCAUUCGCCUCUUUUUGGAGCUGCCCAGUUGCCUGUCUUUUGUGAACACUAAGGCUUACAAUGGGAACACCGCGCUCCACGUGGCUGCCAGCCUGCAGUAUCGGGUGACACAGCUAGAUGCAGUCCGCCUGCUGAUGAGGAAGGGGGCCGACCCUAGUACCCGGAACCUGGAGAACGAGCAGCCUGUGCAUUUGGUGCCCGAUGGCCCUGUGGGAGAACAGAUCCGACGUAUUCUGAAGGGAAAGUCCAUUCAACAGAGAGCACCACCUUAUUAGUUCCAUUAACUUGGAGCGUGGUUAGCGACACUCACUGUCAGUUAGGCAGUCCUAAUGUAUCUGUACAUAGACCAUUUGCCCUGUAUUGGCAAAUGUAAGUUGUUUCUAUGAAACAAACAUAUUUAGUUCACUAUUAUAUAGUGGGUUAUAUUAAAAGAAGAAAAAUACCCAAUUUCUCUUGGCAGAUUUACAUAUUUCAUACCCAGGUGUCUGGGAUCUCUACAUCUGAAUUUGAUCUUAAUGAUAAAGUUGCCGUCAAUUAACAGUAGCUUUUGAGUAGGAAGACUUUGAUUUGUGUCAUAAGGCUCGCCUCAUGUAGCUAUUGCUGGUUUCAAGUAAAUUGCCAGUAACUUGUACACAUUUACUUGUGAAAAAUUAAAGCAUUUGAAAGAGAAAAGAAAAAGACAAAUUGGGGUAUAGUGCUGAGGCCUCUUUUAGCCUGAUGUGGUGUCCAGUGGUUAUUACUGGUGUUGGCAAGUCUCUAGUCAGUGUGACUAGAUGAAAGGUGCCUGUGGUUAGGAUUUGAGCUUUGUAAGCUGUAUAUAGUUAUUUUUCAUCUUGAGAAUAUUGUAUAUAUUUGGCCAUUAAUAUGGACAUUUGAAAUGUGUAAAUAAACUAGAAAAGAAUGAG